AUGGCACCCGAAGUUUGCGCCUAUGAUGCAAAGUCACCCCCAAAGAUGUCAAGAAGAGGCAAGCUCAAAGGCAAAGCGAAGCGGGCGCAAAAGCCACAGAAAAGCCUCGUUUGCGUCCUAGGAGGAUUCCCCGGACGCCUCCUUGAGUCUCUAUCGGCGAGUCGGUUGCUGGUCGGAGGGUACCACACCAACGGAUUUUCGACGCCAACGCCAAAAGAAGCCAAAAUCACGUCGAAAUCUCCUCAAGGCUCGCCCCCCGUGGUCCCCGCCCCGGCGGUAUUAGACUUCGGCCGGGCCGGGUCUACGCGUCCACAAACCAACAUCUACCUCGGUUUGCUGAUGGCUGCUUCCAUCCACGCGGCGCAAGCAAUACGUAUCCGUGGACUCACAGACUCGAGGAAUCUAGAGAAUGAGGGUGUGGUGUCGCUCGCAAGCGUCCGGGCUUAUCCCAACGCCGCUUUGCCUCUUGCUUUUUUCUCUCUGGCGUUUGUCCUAAUCACCACUGCCGACAUGUUCCCACCCCAAACCAUGCCGGCACGGUUACCCGCAAGCGCACCAACGCACACCAACGCAUGCAAUAACUUAUGCCGCCUCUCAUGGCGUAGCACUACCAAGUACGGCUUUACGCCUCUCCAUGGCUUAUCCCCGUACUCCAAGGAUGGUCAACUGCUAAAUUCACUGCGGAGUAUCAUCUCCCGGGAACGCUCCACGUUCUUCUCCUCAUCUCUCUCCACGAAAGAGAAGAAUAAUGAAAUCUUUGUUGUUCAGGCUCCUCCAUGUUCUACACCCGUUCUUGUGCCGAGCCUAAGAACAGUGCUGGAUUUCCAAGGAUCCACUGAUCAGCUCGUGUGA